CGAUGGUCCACGCCGCCUCACCGGCGGCGGCGACGGGCGUGGCGCCGCGGUACAGGGGCGUGCGGAAGCGGCCGUGGGGCCGGUUCGCGGCGGAGAUCCGGGACCCGGCCAAGCGGGCGCGCCUCUGGCUCGGCACCUACGACUCCGCCGAGGCCGCCGCGCGCGCAUACGACGCCGCCGCGCUCGCCCUCCGCGGCCCGCUCGCGCUCACCAACUUCCCCCUCGCCGCCUCCCUCCCGUCGUUCCCUCCUCCCUGCAGCCGCCGCCCAGCCGCGGCGGCGGCCAGCCCCGCGUGCAGCGCCAGCUCCACCGUCGAGUCCUUCAGCGGGCCCAGGCCACCCCGACGCACCCGCCUCCCGCCCCGCGCUCCGGCACCCGCGCGCCCCGACGACGACGGCGGCUGCCACAGCGACUGCGCGUCCUCGGCCUCCGUCGUGGACGACGCCGGCGACGAGGCGGCGUCCGCCGUCAGAUCCCGCGCUUCGGUGCCCUUCGCGUUCGACCUCAACCUCCCGCCGCCGUCGGACCAGGACCAGGGGCUCUGCACGGAGCUGCGCCUCUGGUAGCCUCCACCACACGGAGAAGCUUGCGAUUUCGUCUUGUCUUCUACUCCUUUUUUUCUUCUUCUAAUUGGUAGACAGAUAGAGGCUUGAAUUCAGAGCGAUUGUUGUACCACUACUAUUCUUUACGCGACGAGAAUUGAAUGAUUCAAGGGACUACCAUUUGUCCCCAAUUUUUUCAGUUUCA